GCGUGCAGCGAGGGCAGUACAGGCCGGGCGGCCGCCACGGGAAGACAAGCAGUCAGCGGCAGAAGCAGCAGUCAGCACGGCGAACCCGUACCCCAUCAGCAUGGGCGUGCAGGACGGACCAGCCAUCGUGUCCGUCGAGUUUGAGGUCUUCGGACAGGUGCAAGGUGUCUACUUCACCAAAUACUGCCGCGACAUGUGCGUGCAGUUGGGGAUCGGUGGCUGGGUGAAGAACACCAAAAACGGAACCAUCGUUGGCAAAAUACAGGGUCCGCGGAUUGCUGUGGAACAUAUGGUUCAAUGGUUAUCUAAGACUGGUAGUCCUGGAGCAAAGAUUGACCGCUGUGAAUUCAAAAACUGGGAGUUCCUGGCAAGACAAGAUUUCAGAGGAUUCAGUAUCAGAUUCUGAGUGUUUUAAAAUCACACCAAGAAGAAAAACAUGCAAAACUUCUGUUUGCAUGUCUAAAUGCCUUUCUUUUCACAGUGCUGAUGUCUUAAUUUUACAUCAACAGAAACAUUAAUUCGUGCAUAUUUACAAGUCAUCCUCCAACUUCAUGCUUGACCUGAACCAUUCACACCACAUAAGUAUACACAAAUAUUAAUAAAACUUUCUGGAUGAUUAAAUCAAAAAUACACACAACUUAUGCAAGAAGUAUCUUACUUGCAAACAGAAUAUGCAAAAAAGACAUCAGCAGACCAAUAGUACAUGUAACUGCCAAAUUGUACCUUAAUUUUUGAGAAUUAAAGUAUUUUAUGUGUUUUUGUUAAA